UGAUUCUAUUAUUCUCUUUCUUCGCCUUUAUUUUCUUGGUUCUCUCUUUCUGAAUCUUUGGAUUGGACCAACUUCCGUUUCAUAAUCCGACGGUCGAGAUGGCUCUAUCGUACCUGCGCUCCUCUUCUUCCAGCUCCGCCAAUCUGAAGCUCCUUUCAUCCGCUGUAUCCAUCCGCCGCCCCAUCUCCACCGACACAACUCCUAUUACCGUCGAGACCUCCGUGCCUUUCACCGCUCACCAGUGCGAAGCCCCCUCGCGCUCCGUCGAGACCAGUUCCAGUGAACUCCUCAACUUCUUCCGAAACAUGGCCUUGAUGCGUCGGAUGGAGAUCGCCGCCGACUCACUUUACAAGGCCAAACUCAUUCGAGGUUUCUGCCACCUGUACGACGGCCAAGAAGCAGUCGCUUCCGGCAUGGAAGCCGCCAUAACCAAAAAGGAUUGCAUCAUAACCGCCUAUCGUGACCACUGCAUAUUCAUGGGCCGCGGGGGCACCCUGCUGGAAGUUUUCGCCGAGCUUAUGGGACGCCGGGCUGGAUGUUCUAAGGGCAAAGGAGGUUCGAUGCAUUGUUACAAGAAGGAUUCGAAUUUCUAUGGCGGUCACGGGAUUGUUGGGGCUCAAGUUCCGCUAGGAUGUGGCUUGGCGUUUGCACAGAAGUAUUCUAAAGACGAAACCGUGACUUUUGCUUUGUACGGUGAUGGAGCUGCUAAUCAAGGACAGCUGUUCGAGGCGUUGAAUAUUUCUGCGCUUUGGGAUCUGCCUGCAAUUUUGGUCUGCGAGAAUAAUCACUAUGGUAUGGGGACAGCUGAGUGGAGAGCCUCAAAGAGUCCAGCAUAUUACAAACGUGGGGAUUAUGCCCCUGGUUUGAAGGUGGAUGGCAUGGAUGUUCUCGCUGUGAAGCAAGCCUGCAAGUUUGCCAAAGAGCAUGCGUUGAAGAAUGGGCCAAUUAUUCUUGAAAUGGAUACUUAUCGGUAUCAUGGACACUCCAUGUCUGAUCCUGGAAGCACCUAUAGAACACGUGAUGAGAUUAGUGGUGUUAGACAGGAGCGCGAUCCAAUCGAAAGAGUUAGGAAGCUGAUAUUAUCCCAUGACCUAGCUACUGAGAAAGAGUUGAAGGACAUUGAGAAGGAAAUGAGAAAAGAGGUAGACGAUGCGAUUGCUCAAGCCAAGGAAAGUCCAAUGCCUGAACCUUCCGAACUCUUCACGAAUGUGUAUGCCAAAGGUUUGGGUGUUGAGUCAUUUGGGGCAGAUAGGAAAGAAGUAAGAGCUACACUUCCGUAAAUCGAGUUUCAUUCGUAAGAUUUCGAACUCUGUUUUUGACUUUCACUACACAAAGAAGAACAAUAAAACAGGCUAGGGUGAUUUGUGUGCCACGGAUUCAUAUUCCUUGCCUGUGAUCGAUUAGGUCGCUGUUGGCCCAGCAGCAAUGUAUGAAUAAUAUUCUUUUCUUGAAUUGCGGAUGAGCGUUUUAUGGCUA